ACUGCUGAGACACCCUCCUUGUGAUUGCGGAAGUGUAACUUGUAGAAGUUCACCCUGCUGUCUGUCUGUCUGUCUCUGUCUCUGUCUCAGGACGUCGGUGUCGCUCCUGUGCUGAUAAAAAAUACACAAUAAUAUCUCACAGUGAUGUCUUUGUCAUUCGAGGGAAGAGUCGUGCUUGUCACUGGGGCCGGAGGAGGUCUUGGCAGAGAAUAUGCGCUGGCUUUUGCUGAAAGAGGUGCUUCGGUUGUAGUGAAUGACCUUGGGGCAGACACUAAAGGGGGUGGAAAGAGUUCUGCAGCUGCUGAUAAGGUGGUGGAGGAGAUAAGAGCGAAGGGAGGCAAGGCUGUGGCAAACUAUGAUUCUGUAGAAGAUGGAGAAAAACUGAUCCAGUCAACACUGGAUGCAUUUGGAAGAAUAGAUGUUGUUGUAAACAAUGCCGGGAUUCUUCGUGACCGAUCGUUUGCCAGGACGAGUGAUUUGGACUGGGACCUGAUUCAAAGAGUUCACUUGAGAGGCUCCUUCUUGGUGACUCGAGCUGCCUGGAACCACAUGAAAAACCAAAAGUUUGGCAGAAUCAUCAUGACUGCUUCAGCCGCAGGCAUCUAUGGUAACUUCGGCCAAGCAAACUACAGCGCUGCCAAGCUGGGCAUGCUGGGGCUGGCAAACACCCUGGCCAUCGAGGGACGCAAAUACAACGUCCACUGCAACACGAUUGCUCCUGUUGCUGGGUCACGCCUUACGGAGACCGUCAUGCCCCCGGACCUUGUGGCAUCAUUGAAGCCUGAGUAUGUUGCUCCCUUGGUCCUCUGGCUCUGUCAUGAACAAUGUCAAGAAAAUGGAGGACUGUUUGAGGUUGGCGCAGGCUGGAUUGGUAAAUUGCGCUGGGAGCGAUCUCAGGGCCGCACUGUGAGACAAAAGAACCAACCCAUGACCCCUGAGGUUGUCAGGGACCAGUGGGAUAAAAUCUGUGAUUUUACAGAUGCCACCAAGCCUACGUCUGUACAAGAGUCUCUCCAGUCAAUUAUGACUGUGCUGUCUCAAGUGGAGUCGGGGGGCGAAGUCGGUGUGAAUCCAACAGCUGCUGCAGCCUCUGCAACCUCGGCAUCAGGGAUCAAUCCUGCUGAGGCAGUCGGACAGAAACUACCACCAACCACGUUCAACUUCACACACACCCAGUGUAUCCUGUAUGCACUGGGCGUCGGCAUGUCCACCAAAGACCCAGACCAUCUUAGGUUCCUGUAUGAAGGCCAUCCAGACUUUAGCUGCCUCCCCACAUUUGGGGUCAUUCCCUCCCAGGCAGCCAUGAUGGAUGGAGGUCUGACCUCAAUCCCUGGACUCAACAUAGAUUUCACACAGGUAUUGCAUGGAGAGCAGUAUCUGGAGCUUUACAGACCUUUACCAACCUCAGGUAAACUUACCUCCGAGGCCACCAUAGUAGACGUGUUGGACAAAGGAUCUGGAGCCGUCAUCCUCCUGGAUGUAAACACCUACAGUGGCGACGAGCUGGUGUCCUACAACCAGUUUACAGUGUUUGUGGUCGGAGCUGGAGGGUUUGGAGGGAAGAGAACCUCCGAGAAAGCCAAACCUUCUCUGCCUCCACCGAAACGGGCACCAGAUGCUGUGGUUAUUGAUUCCACCACAAGAGACCAAGCGGCCUUGUACCGUCUGAGUGGAGACUGGAACCCUCUUCAUAUAGACCCCAGCUUCGCUGCCAUGGGAGGCUUCAAGGCUCCCAUCCUGCACGGCUUGUGCUCAUUUGGCUUCGCUGCGAGACACGUCCUCAAGCAUUUCGCCGACAAUGACCCGUCCAGAUUCAAGGCUAUUAAGGUUCGCUUUGUGAAGCCGGUGAUGCCGGGUCAGUCGCUACAGACUGAGAUGUGGAAGGAAGGCAACAGAAUUCACAUCCAGUGCAAAGUGAAGGAGACGGAUGCCGUUGUGUUAGCUGGUGCAUACGUGGAUUUGCACGGUGCAUCAGAAGCUUCUCCAGAAAGUCUGACUCAAGGAGGAGGCCUCCAGAGCGAGCUGGUGUUCGCAGAGAUCGGCCGUCGGAUUAAAGACUUGGGCUCAGAGUUGGUCAAAAAGGUGAAUGCUGUGUUCGGCUGGGAGAUCACCAAAGAUGGCAAGAGCGCUGCGCAGUGGACCAUUGAUCUGAAGAACGGCAGCGGCUCCUUGCAUAAAGGCCCUUGCAGCGGGAAAGCGGAUGUGACCUUCACAGUGUCAGAUGAAGACUUCAUGGAGGUGGUAAUGGGGAAACUCAACCCUCAGAAGGCGUUCUUCUCUGGCAAGCUGAAGGUUAGAGGGAACAUCAUGCUGAGUCAGAAACUGGAGGUCAUCCUGAAGGACUACGCCAAGCUGUGAGCCUCCUCAGCCAACCAAUGGGAUGACUUCAAGAACUAACCAGCCUACCAGCUCUCACCGUCUGUCUACUUUCCUUGAUUUGUGUGUUUGUGUGUGUGUGUGUGUGUGUGUACUUACAUGCUUUGCCUCUCAAGGGAAAUGCAUGAAGAAACAUUACCCACUAACAUUAGUAAAACUUCAGAAUGAAGUGUAAAUUAUCUGUGUAAAUGAACUUUCACCGUGAUCAAAUGUCAAAGUCUGUAAAGAGGAAACAAGUUUUUUUUUUUUUUUUGGUGCCGUCUCCAGAAGCAAUAAUUCAGCAUCACUUCAGCUGGUUAGAGUUGGUUCGGAUCGUUCAUGCUAAAUGUGCACUUACCACGCCUGCCUUUAAAUUACCUGUAUGCGUUCCAUAAACUGAAUUCAAUUCUCAUUUUUUUGAAUAAAACAUUGGAGCGGUAGAAACAAGCAUCUGCAACAGUCUGCCGAACACUGGGUAAACAUAACAAUUACAACUGAAACCAGUUUUAAAGCUCAGCCUGACCAAAGUUUCACUGGUCUGUUACUUCAUUAUCACGACCGUCUGUGAAGUCAGAACCGGUUUAACGUACCUGAUAUUGUAGUUUCAACAGGAACUUUUUAUAAUGUAUAGUAAUGUAGAGUUUGCUAGAUAUGCGUUUAGUAGCCAAGUAUCCAGACAUUUUCCUCAAGAGUUUGUAGCAGCCGAAAACCGAAGUAAGAGAGUAAAGAUUGAACUGGUCACUGUCUCUGACCACUAGUAGCACCAUGGUGCAAUGUUUUCAUCGUCAUUCAUUUUGGGCACGCGGAUAACACUAUAUUCUUGCUUCUGGUUUCAUGCUUUCAUGCUAAUUAAUAACUUGUGGUGAUAAUGUGCAAAGGAAUGUAGCAAUGUGCCAACAAAGACCGUGAAGAAUACUACUAGUAAGCGAUUAUAGAUGUAAACAACUUAUGAUUGAAGAACAAGCUCUGCAGGAUGAAAAAAACAAGUCAGAAAGCGCUUUAUGUACCUGAUGCUGUGAUCAUAACAGAAACGGUAUGAAAAGUUUAUUAGCUUCGAAAAUGAUUUUUACUUAAUACAGGUGUCAUUGCAAUCAUGAUGAAUGUCAAAGGUUUGGUUUAACUGUAUUUCCUUUAAGUAAUUCAGAUAAGAUUUAAAUGUUACUUUAAUACUUACUACUAUGGACAGUAAUUGUUGCAGUUUAAUAAAUCUGUAUCUAAUAAACAUGUGGCUCUUCUGAGAUGUCAUUUUCCAUCAUUUACAAUAAAUAGAAGAAUUUCAUAAAAUGUACAGCAGAAUGGGUAAAUGGAGUUGAGUUGAUUUAUUUUUUCCUAAUGUAUAAACUGUAUCUACUGAAGCCGAGACGCCGAUCGACCAUCUCCUUCAUUUCCAAAAUUACAAAAAACUUCUGCUCAUGUUAUAUACUUUAUUACAUCAGUACAUUUUCUGUAUAUAAUACAUCGAUUUACACAUCAUUAUAAAAUUAGAAUUAUCUGAGCAAAUUCACAUUUUUAAGAUUAAAGAGGGGGAAAAAAAGAAAGAAGUCAGAAUUGAAAAUGAUUUUAUUUUUUUUAAGCCAAGUGAGUUUUUACUCACGCCACAGCUACACCCUACACGUCGAUAUAGUUAAACUGAUCGGUUUGUGGUGCGUCUAAAAGAAAAUAAGCAGUAUACAUGCGGGGAAAAGAACACUCGCUUUGAUAAAAUGUACUUUAUUCUCCAUCUUCUGUCGAAGUACAUAGUUUGGCUUUGAUAAAAAUUAUUUUAUUCUCAAGUUACUGCAAGAGUACACAUAAUUUUCCAACCACUUUGAUUUGUGGGGGGAAAACAAAAAUCCCAAUGUGAUUGUUAAAGCCCACAUCUGGAAAUAAGAAAAAAAAGAAGAAAAAAAUUAAUAAGGAGAAAAAGCAGGAAAUCAGAUUAUACCUGCCUUUUGAUCUGUCUUUAAUCCUAAAUAUGAACAUAUUUCAUAAAUAUACCUCUAUUUGUACAGAACGAUAUUCUUCAUAAAGUGGCUCCUUGCCAUUUACCCACUGUUUAUCUAAGAAUAGUUAUGAUUACGCCAUCUUUAUGAGAAGCCUAGUCUAUGGAUUUAUGUAUAUACAUAACUGCAAUAAAUCUGCUUCAUCUAAAAGGUUUUUCCUCAGUUUAUCCUCCCUGAAAUCAAAGCUAAUGUACAUUUGUUUCCCCUUCAGCAGCACAACAAGGUUCUAUGGAUAGUUAGCUUAAUGGAUUAUAUUCCUUCAGACUAGACGGCUAUAGGACAGUUGAACCCCUUCCUCAUUUAUGUGGAAGACAUAUUACACACCAACCUAAAUUACAUUUUCUAAGCAUGUACUGAAGGCAAUGUGCUGCAUUUGGAUGAUAUAUCAAGAAAUUAAAUGAUAAAAAAAAAAAAGUGAAGCGAAAGUAAUUACUAUAAUUGUGAAAAGCCAGAUAAAGUAUGCUAAUAAAAUUAAGAUGACCACAAGGCGAACAAUUGUUUCCAGUUUUUUUUCCCCCAAUCAUGGUCCGUACAGGAAAUUACACUUUGGAGUCAAUGAAAUGGAAGUGCAUUGUAAUUGUAAUAAAACGUUUCCACAGCAAAGCAGAAUAUUCAUUAAGAUUUCUUUAACUCCCCUAUCCCGCCCCCUCCCAAACGCCUAUCCAUUGUCAACAGCAAAGUUUCCUGCUACAUGUUCUUGAACAUUUCAAAAAAAAGAAAAAAAACUAAACGCAGCCAGAAAAGCCAUUAUUCAUGGUGCCCCAUCCCAACGAGCGCCUUGUUAAAUUAAAGCUACUUUGUGCAACAAUAAUCAAUAUUCUCAGGACCAGCGUGGCAGAGUUUUCAGAUGUUAAGGACACUUAAUAAUAAUAAUACCAGAUCUAAGCCGGGAUAAACAAACAUUGUACUAUAUAUUAAUGUUAUUUCAAAAGACUUGGACUGCUUUACUGAUAUCCAGCCUCGUAGAGUUAUAUGCAUUACACCACAUAUAAUUUAGCUUACUUUUUAUGUGCAAACAGAGUAAGAGAAAUGGUGCAUUCAGGUAGUCCAUGAAAACUAAGAAAAAAGUUGGUCAUGGCACACAUGUAACCUCAAAAUUAAGAAUAUUUCUACAUUUUAGGAAAUGUGUAUAUUCGCUUUCUGGCAGAGAGUUAGUGCUAAAUAAGAUUGACUCCACUCUCAGCUUCAGUCAGCAGCACAGUCAGCUUGAGUUAGACUGAAAAUAAGGAAACAACUCGGUCCAAUGGUAAAAUCUACUGACCAGCAACUAACUAACUCAAUAAUUAAUAAUGUUAAAAUAUGUUUUAAAAAAAAAAA